CAAGAUUCUUGAUGCACGUUCCGAUUCCGAUGCAACCACGCGACCGUUCACUAAAUCUAAAUUUAAUCGUUUGCUAUUUAAGUUUUGUAUCUUUUUUUAUUUAUAAGCCUACACGUCACGCGUGAUACUUUCAUUAUAAUUACAACGUGAUCGAUCGGUCGUUGUUCGACUAGAAGAUUUACCUAACGAUCUCUAAACGAAUAGUUAUGUCAAAUGUUUUUCUCUCAUAUUCCCGAUUUACCCUUUCGAGUAACAAGUAGUCUUUCUUCGAUUGUUAUUAAAUUCGAGAAAUCUAACGUUAACGAAAAAAACAAAUGAUCUCACGAUGCAUGUAUACCUGAGCAUCUAUCAAACAAAGUCUAUCCUCACGUGGUCUUUUACGUACCGUUUCCAGUUUCUGUACAUACAUAUAACAAUAGAUCGCAUUAUGUAAAGUACGAUAAAUUCUCUUAAUUAUCGUGUAAUUUACGAAGAACACUCUCAUAGAUUAAUUAUUAGAUUCGCACGUGAUAAGAACAGUAUUAUUUGUAAUCUUUUCGAUCUCGCUUUAAGAAUAUUUCUAUAACCUCAAACUGAGUUCGAAUUCUCGAAGGCGAUCAACAAUAUUACCGCAAUCGAAUUCGAACUACGUUCUAAACAUUUUUACGUACUAUGUGCGUAUAUACCGUGCAGCACUUGCGAUCGUUUUAAGGAUAUAUUCGUUCGAGAUAUACUACCACGAUGCCUCUGCUCUACCAGUGCAUCAUAUGUGAACACGCGAACAAAUCAAUCUCGGAUCUCCACGAUCAUCACACGCAAGACCACAAUCUGCAAGAGCUGUCACGGACUCUCAUCGAUCUCCACGGGUUCAAAAUUUGGAAUGACAAGACCCUCCCGAAGCCCCCGGGAUCCUCGCCUCAACGUGAUAUGAGACCAGUGAGGAGACCAUCGGAUUCGGGUGAUACAAACAAUAACGAGAACUUGUACAACGGUUUCAUUCCCAGACCUAGAGUAUCGAGUAACAGUAAUUGUAAAAAACAAAAACAAGUGAUUAAUUGGCCGAAAGAAAAUGAACAUGAUGAGACAAAAUGUGCAAUAGACUGCAGCCCAUUCAUUCCCUGGGAGCGUGAAUUGAACAAAAGAGAAGAGAUAAACGACGAUGAAUUUCUCGAUAGCGUCGAGAGCCUUUGCUAUGAUUUGGGCAAAAGAAAACGUAGAGGAAGGAAGAAGAAAGUGAAGAUAGAAACGGAAAACAGAAAUGAGAAUGAGAACGAGAAGAAUCUUAUGGAGUACAUAGAAAAUGUUAUAGGCGUAAAGCCCGCAGUCGCUGAACAGCCGAUGAUCAAGAUCGAGCCGAUGAUCAAGAUCGAGCCGAUGUUCAAGAUUGAGCCGAAGUAUCAAGAAGAAACUUCGUCCUUGGAAAAUAAUGAAAAUUCCACUAAUGUUGAUGCCAAUGUUAUGCCGAAGAGAACGAAAAAGGAAGAUACGAUUAGAAGCGUUGAGAAUACGACUGUACUGGCCGAAACGAACGCUGCUGAUAAUAGUAUUCUACCGACGCAAACGAAAAAGAUAGUCGAGGACGUUAGGAAUGACGAGAGUAAAACCGACAGAGAUAAAAAUAUUUUAAAUAAUGAACCGAUGUGUAAUAUUUUUUCAUGGAACACUAUAAUCACCGUGCACGCCGACGAACGCGACACGUAUACCGAAGGAAAGAACAGUUAUUACGAAUUGAUGCUACCGAAUAUCGAAACUUUUCUUUGAACAAAUUUAUAUAUUAUUUUAUGCUUUCAUUUUGCAAAACGAAAAGAAAUAUAUAUAUAUACAAAGACUGAA